AGUAAAAUGUGGAAAAAACUUGGAAUGGUGUUGAUUUCCGGUUUGCUCCCAGAUAGUAGAAAACUACGAAUGCCGGCCGCCAUCCCCUUCCCUUCGCUCAGAUUAGGGUUCAAGAGCAGGUUUUGUUCCUGAGGUUCUAGCAAUCCACAUUCCACGAUGCGAUCCCUCCUCUUCUCCCGCCUCCGUCCUAACGCGCGGCUCCUCCUCUCUCGGAUCGCUUUCGUUUCCUUUACACAAUCAACCCAUCCUCCUCUUCUUCCUCUGACCCCGACUCGUUCCCUCCAUGACCAGUCUUUCGUCGCCGGAAGCUCCCAACCGGUCGAAUAUGAUCCAUCUCGCAUCAUCCAGUUAGCCACCCCCCAGGCAGAGGACGAGGAAGACAGUGCCUUGAACGAGUUCCUUUCCCGCUUUGUUUGGGCCAUCCGCCCUAAGAUCAACGACGCCUACUCGGACCUCCCCAAGGAGACUGUCAACUCCAUGCUACUUGUUAUCUGCCAGAAAGUUGCUGCCUUGAUGGAUUCUACUGCAGCCGUUGAGGACUCCCCCGUCGAGCUCAGCGAGGACCUCUGGAAGACCAUCGUGGAGGUGAGCAACUCGGUACAACAGGCCAUGCAGAGGGACCGGGUGAGGGAGGACCUCAAAAAAUAUAUCCACUCCGAGGAGGUCAAGGAGAUGUGCAGGUUUGCAGCGGACAUUGGCAUCCGCGGGCCAAUGCUCCGCGAGCUCCGUUUCAAGUGGGCGAGGGAUAAGCUGGAGGAGGUCAAGUUCUACCAGAGCCUGGAUAAGAUGCGGGAGCAAGCUCAAGAGCAAGAAGAGCGAGAGAAAAGAGCACUUUUGACAUCUGGGAGUGAUGAACAGCAUACCUCUCUUGCAAAGGAAAAUGAUGCAGAGUCAAAGGUGACCUCUUUGCCACAGAGGAAAGGCAAGAUCAAAUUCAAGAUAUAUGGAUUGGAUUUGUCGCAUCCAAAGUGGGCUGAAGUGGCUGAGAAGGCGGCAGAGAUUGAUGAGGGCUAUGUGCCGGGUGAGCCACGAGAGCCAUUACAGCCCGUAGAUGGGAAGUGUAGGAAGGUUGAGGACAGUAUCCUUUCAUUGAAUGUGAAGCGGGAUGAUCCGGGACCAUUGUUAGAAGAAUGGAAGGAGCUCCUACGCCCAAGGAGGGAUGAUUGGCUUGCGUUGCUUGAUCGAAUCAAGGAGAAAAAUGCUGUUUUGUACAUGAAGGUCGCUGAGCUUCUGUUGAACGAGGAAUCUUUUGAGGCUAACGUUCGUGAUUACUCUAAGCUUAUCGAUGCUUAUGCUAAGGAAGAUCGCGUUGAAGAUGCUGAGAGACUUCUGAAGUUGAUGGCUGAAAGGGGCAUCAAGCCGGAUGUUAUUGUUUCCCUCAUUUUACUUCACAUGUAUAGCAAGCAAGGAAACCUCGAUGCCGCAAAGGAGGCCUUCGAGAGCAUGAAGAGUGAAGGUUUCAAGCCGGACUCGAAGACAUACAGUUCGAUGAUCUCAGUUUAUUUGAAGGCUAAUCUUCCAAGGACAGCGGAGAAACUAGUGAGACAAAUGGAGACUAUGAAUGUUAAACCAACAAAGGAGAUGUACAUGGAGCUUUUGAAAGCAUUUGCGGAGCGCGGUGAGACCGACGGUGCGCAAAGAAUGACGACCACCAUGCAGUUAUCUGGUAUUCAGCCGACCUUGGAGUCCUUUACCUUGCUCGUGGAGGCAUAUAGGCAGGCAAAUGACCCAGACAACGCCCGCAGCCACUUCGAUCACAUGAUGAACUCCGGCUACAAGCCAGAUGACCAAUGCACUGCCAGCAUGAUAGCCGCCUAUGCCAAGCAGAACCUCUUGGACAAGGCCCUGGAUCUGCUGCUAACCCUUGAGAAGGAUGGAUUUCAGCUAGGAAUCAAAACAUACACUGUCUUGGUGGAUUGGUUUGGCAAGCUACAACUGGUCGAAGAGGCAGAAGCAACAUUACAGAAGAUAAUCGAGAAGGGUGAUGCUCCAUUCGAGGUUCAUGUUAGUCUCUGCGACAUGUACUCCAGAGCAAAGAUCGAAUCAAAGGCUCUCAAACAUCUCAAGGUAUUGGUGGCAAGGAAGGAAUUGCUGCAAGCUGAUCAGUACGAUCGGAUCAUAAGUGCUCUUAUUGCAGGAAGACUGUUGGAAGACGCAAAGAGUAUGCAUGCCUGGAUGCAAUCAAAGGGAUAUAAGCUGUCGGAAGCCACCGCAACUGCACUCAGAGCAGCUCAGUCUAUGCCGCCAUAUAAAACACCGCCAGCAAGAAGGGGAAAACCAUAAUUGAGGUUACUUUGAUUGGAGAUCAGUGCAGUUUCUGUUCUUUUGUUACAAUUAUGGUUUCUAUAUGUAUCAAAACCUACCCAGAAUGUUAGAACAAAUUGAAUCAUCGACAUGAGAAGAGAUCUCAACUUUCGAGCCGAGAGGAAAUAAUGUAAGCUUGUUUUACAGCUCUUUUCGAUUAGACCAAGUUUGAAACAGUCCUCUCUUUGAUUCAACAGUGUAAAUUGAGUGCUCU